GAGAGCUGGACAGGGAAGCUACCUGCUUGGGCGGCCUGCGAUUACAUAUAGCCUCGUCUCCAUCCCAUCCGUCUCUCCCACCCGCCUAUAUUCCGAAGGCUCUAUUCGUCCUAGCCGCACCACUUCUUCCGAGCCAGUUCUGGCCAUUUACCUCUUACACCUGAGUCCCUGCAUCCAGCCCAAUGGCUCACAUUGUCAGCUGCAUGCUGGAUACCGAUACGGACAAUCUUGAUCUUAGCCUUAAUAAUUAUAUAGCAAAGGCUGUCUCCCCACAAGCUUCCAAUGACUCGUUACUGGAGAAAGCGUCUGCACAGGGCUGCGAGAAGCCCUUCGUCUGGAGGAUGCACCAACCGGAGCGGAAGUAUCAGCUCUUCCCCAAGGAUAGGCAGCCUGCUGCCUCCCCGGGGAAGGCUCUGGAUCCCGAGCAGGCUUUCGCCCUAGCCAUGGGGCAGAAUGGAGACAAGACGGACAAGACGGCCGGAAGCGGGCUGCGCAUACGGAUCAAGGAGCACAACCUUAUCCGUCGCCGAAAAGUCAGCGUCCCCGAGCUGGGGCCCAUGACGACUGUGCAGGAAGUUGCUAUGGACUCUCCUACAAUUCCCGGCCGUCCACCUCUUCAUGAGCGAUCCAUCAGCGCCCCCGGCAGCUCAUGGAAGCAACACAACCUCUCCGAGACCAUCGCAUUCCCUGAUGCCCAGACGCCCGACGAGAAGGCUGAGUUGGAGGCUCUCGGUAUGAGCAACGCUGGCUCUCGGCGACUCGCCCUCGAAGCUAGACCGCCCUUGUCACCAAAGAGCCUGGCACCCCUCGUCAUCCCAACCACAGCCUCUCCUGUUCCGCGCCUAAAAAAGCAAUCGUCUCUCAGCCGUCUUCGGUCCGGAAGCACGCCAGUAGAACCUACAAUCCGCUCAGCCCGGACUGACGAUUCGCCCAAGUCUCGAACACCUUUUACGCCCUUGUCAGGCUCGACAGCUCUAAACACGCCAAGAUCGGCUGCCCUGUCAACAAUGAAUGCGUCCACCCUCCCGACUCCUAUCUCUGCACCCACGGAGUCGCGAUCCUCGCCCAGGCCCUGGGAGAAACCGACCAACUACGCCGUCGUCACAACGCCCAGGGAAGGCUCCACCGAGUCGAACUCGACUCCUAAAGCCGACCCUGAGCCGCGGCCCGUUGCAGCUAUGGGUCACAGGAGGAAUCAAUCUGAGUCUGCGAGCGUCAUGGAGCGAGGACGGCCACGGAAGCGAAGUGAGACUACCGGAUGCACGUCUCUGAAGCGUACAGCGUCGAAGAGAAACAAUAGUGCAGAGCGCCGGGCUUUCGAGCAGCUGCCCAAGGGAUGGAAGGUCAGCGAGGCUGCGAGCAUGCUAAAUCAAUCCGAAGUCGUCGCUAUCCAGAAGCAAGCCUUGCAGCAGGCCGCGAGGUUCGAGGUUCUGAGGAAGGACGAUGUCGACAAUCUCUCGAGGGAGCUUCGACAUCUCGAUGAACGUACCGAGUAUCUUCGACGGACUUACACGUCUCUCAGGGCUGGCCGGCGCAACCUGCACUCGAGGAUCUGCCAGUAUCUCCGCUCCCCUCGAACUGCCAAGUUCAGCCACGAUUCGAUUCUUAAGCAGGAAGAGGCUCUGGCGGAGCUAGACACUUCCAUUGACGACUGGGUCACGAAACUCGAGCAGGCUGAGAACCGCCGCACUCGAGUACGCCAAAAGCUGCUCGAACACGUUGCGGCCGCUGCGACUCUUCCUCUCUCCCCGGGCAUCGCUGGCGUAAGCCAUAGCCUGCAGCUAGCUAUGGGUAUUCUGCCCCCUGGCUCGACCCCACCUGCAAACAUCUCCACACCUCCACGAAGCCCAACUAAGGCAUCCUUUUCUGCCCACUCCCAGUCUUCCUCCCCCUCCCCCCAACGCGUUGUUGCCCAGGUACCUUCGACCAUCCUUGAGCAGCCUCUCUUUGAAGAAGCUGCCACCGCAGAUUUUAGUCUCACCGGCAACAAGGAGGGCGAUGUCGCUCCUCUUCGCCGAGCGGAGACUAUUCGUAUUUAUGCCGAUAACGAUGUCUACGCUCUCCUCGCCGACGUCGAGGACCAGAUCACCAAGAUGAGCGCCGGUGACCCUCCCAAGGAACCGUCACUCUCGGAUGAUGAACGCAGAGAGCUCCACCGGGCUCACAGCCAGGAGCUUCUCAAUGGUUCACCGGUGAGGAAGUCACCGGCCGCUGAGUCGCCUGCGCCGCCUUCUCCAACCAAACAGGAGGCCACUAGGGACAACAUCUUCCUUACGAACGCCGUCUUCAAACCCAACAAGCUGAUUGCUGUUCUCUAAGCCUGAUGAUGGUUCUAUCUGUCCAUCUAUCUCCAUCCACUGGCCAUCCGUCACCACUAUGACUUCUCAAUGUCUUAUAACACGACCAUCGAAGCACGCUACCACGGCCGACCCACCUACAGUCGUUCUGUUUGACUGUUUCUUCCAUCUAUGAUACCCAUUCUU